AGCCCAUAAUAGCUUAGCACAGUCAGUGCUUAAGGGGCCAGGCUCCAAAGAAGAUUAAAGGAACAGUUUGUGGGGUGCACUGGGCAGCAGUACUCUCCUCUGAGUUCAAUCAUCUUGCACUCUAAGAAUCACCACCAUGGCCCUUGUGCCAGGGAGAAGCAAGGAGGAUGGGCUUUGGACUAGAAAUAGCCCAGGCUCCUCCCAGCACCCAGAAAGUCCCAGGCUGCCCAACCCUCUCUGGGACAGAGGAAAAAUUGGCAAGAUUGAAGGUCACCAGCACAUUCAGGUUAGUACUUCCUCACCCUGUGUCUGGCAGCUGGCUUACCCUCCAAUUUGGCCCAACCUCCCUGCUGUCCCUAUUCAGGAUUUCUCUCAAAAGUCCCAUCUGCCAUCUAUUGUGGUGGAAGCCACUGAGGUGAAUGAAGAGAGUGGGGAUCUCCAUUUGCCCCAUGAGGAGCUGCUGCUGCUCACUGAUGGUGAGGAAGAGGACGCUGAGGCCUUCUUCCAAGACCAAAGUGAAGAGCCAGGCUGGACUUGGAGCCCACAGGACCCUAAAAGUCCUUUAAGAACAUUUAACGCUGGACUCAACUGGGGGCAGGACCAGGAUGAUGAAGAUGCUUGCUGGAUUCUUGAGGACACAGAGUGUCUGGAAGCCAGCAACCACUGUCCCUUCUGGGACUCAGCAACAGGCUCCCGUGUUUGUAGAAGCGGCUUUGUGGUAUAUUCCCAUCUCCUGCCUCCUAAUAGCUUUGAGGGUUAAGUAUUGUUCCCUCUCCCUCAAAUAUCUCAUCCAGGUUUAUGAAGCUCCUUAUACCCAUCCUCUCACAAUGUCCUUUUACAGGUGAGAAAAAUGAGGCUUACAGGUUAGGCCACUAGAUUAUACAAGUCAGUCAGCGCAGGGGUUUGGAUUCAGUUCCUGUCUGCUGCUUUUAGGAGCUCCAGUUAGUUGAAACUGGGGAAUGACCCACUUGUACCUUUUCUUUUCAGCAUUCAUCUUGUGCUAAACAUUGCACACAUCAUUAUAUGUAAUCCCCAUAGCUCCAGGUUAUUCCCACUCUGCAGAUGAGUAAACUGGGGAAC